AUGAUUAAUAUCUACAAAAGGAUAAAUGAUGAUGAAUAUAGUCGAGAACGCAUUAUCAUCUUCAUCUCACUAAUAUUUGGGUUACUUACCUGUAAUGAUAGUAGUGAUGUUAGAGCAUUAUCACUGUCAUCUCAGGUAUAUUUGGGUUACUUACCUGUAAUGAUAGUAGUGAUGUUAGAGCAUUAUCACUGUCAUCUCAGGUAUAUUUGGAUUACUUACCUAUGUGGCGAUGUUACGUCGGAAUACUGCAUGCAAUAUAUUGCUCUGUCGGAUAAUUCCUGGUAUUUUAUGUGUUUAACCCGUGUUGACACUAUUCGUGUGUAUAUGUUUGUGUACUUUAUUAUUGAGGAAGCUAUUGAGGCGACGGUCUGA